AUGCUUACACUUUUGAUUUUUCACGAAACCUUUUUCGUUGGAAAACAAGACGUCGCCCACUGUCAAAACUACGAGCUACCAAUCUGGUUAGCUGCUGCCUUUGAUCUCCCUGAAUUUAUUAAUAUCCUUUCGUCCUCUGGCGCCGAUAUCAACGAGUCUGACAGGAACGGGCAGACACCCUUGCAUAUCUCCGUUAAAUUUGGCAACGCUGCGUCUAUCUCGAGGCUACUGGUCUAUGAAUGCCUGUACUUCAAUACCCAAGACCGAGAGGGAAGAAGCGCUCUACACGUCGCCGCUGAAGCUGGAUUGUCAACAAUCAUGAGAACUCUUCUCGCAAGGCCAGGAAUAGACGUCAACCUCCGUGAUAACACAGGUGCGACAGCACUUUUCAGAGUGAUAGUGAAAGGAUCAAUUCCCCCUAUUGUUCUGUUACUGGCAGAAGAGGAGGUAGAUAUCAACUCUGCUGGCCCGGAAGAACGCACGGUACUUAUCAAUACAGUUCAACAGAGAAGCUACUCUAUUGUAUGCUUACUUCUUGAUCGCAAAGAUCUUGAUGUGGAUGUGCAAGAUGCCGGUGGCCUAACCGCUCUAUGUUGGGCGACGUGCUUAGGUGACGUAGAUAUGAACGAGGCUACGUACAAAUACUUCAACAAUUUAUAUCCAAAGCGGAGAUUGAUCUGGAUUAAUAUUAGUGCGGCCUCACCCCGCUUCUCACGGCUGUUAGGAAUGGUCACAUUUCUAGUGCAGCUCGUCUCCUACAGCAAGGCAACCGAUUAA